AUGGGUGAAGAUGCGAAGCUUGUGGGACUGGCAAAAACGAUUUAUGUAUUUAACUAUAAAUCCCAAGACAUCAGAAUAUGUUUAGAGUAUCCUAAAUUUAUGUAUUUUUCUUAUAAUCAGGAAGAAUUAUUGGACUCCGAUAUUUUUUUCAAAAGGCAAAAACUUUGUCGGAAAUGUCAAUACAAAAAAACCGUCGCUCAUGGACACGGAGAAAGUGUUUCUGAAAAGAACUGUGCAAGCAGCUUGUUUGUAGUGACAUUUCCGACAAAGUUUUUGACUUUUGAAAAAGUGCGGUGUUCCAAUUUAAUAGCAGGGGAAGAGAAAUAUUGA